AUGUAUUCUAUAAAUAAAUUCAUGGUGACAAGCACAAUGUGGACGAUGUGCCAGCAGUCUGCCAACAAUCCACGGAAUAUCGAUGCCUUCGUCAACUACGUUCCUUACAGAAAGGAAUGGUCUGUGCAAUUUUCCAAUGCACAAUACGACCUCCAGAUAUACCAAAUUUACCAGCUGUUCUCCUUCAGCGGGAGGAUCAGCAAUAUCAUCCAACGUCCUAACCAGGACAGAACUGUCUACGUUAAUUAUCAGUCAGAGAUGGAGGCGAGACAAUGUGUCAUUGGUAUGAUGCAACGGAAGUCUAUUCAGUUGAGGCCAUUUUCACAAAAUCAUCAGAACUCGAUGAAUAACAAUCAGAGUGCAAUGAACAACAAUCAGAAGACAAUGUACAACACCUCAAGACCUGAGACCUUGGGGAAGGUUUCUUCGAUGAAAAAUGGCAACGACAGUGAGCAGUUGAACGAAACAAUGAUAUCUGAAGUGCAGAGUGACGAGUCAGAACGACAAAAUCUCCUGGAGAAAUCUGAUAGUCAAACUCCAGAGGAAGUGAUCAAGCAGUACAAAGGACAUAAUGAGUCUACGGUCGAACAGUUUCUCGAUACCAUUCCCUUCAAAAUCGAAGUGAAGUCAAGAGAGGAGGAAAAAUCGGUUGAGAUUCAGAGAAGAUCGAGGGAGCAGAGGUCCCAGGUCAUCAUCGAAGCUCAAGAAGUCGUCGUUGCAAAUAUUCCUCAGGGCUAUGGUGUCUUCUAUGUACUUCAUCUUCUCGAAAAGUUGGACCCCAUCUGCGCCUCGGUCGUUAUGACUCUUGGGAAGGACUCUCUUCGGUAUUGUCACGUUUAUUUCAAGACACCUGGGGAUGCUGAGGCGGCAGAGGAGGCUUUUGAUGAUGUGGAGCUGGCGGGGAAGAAGCUUAUUGUCAUGCGACCUCACGCAAUGGCUGAGGAGGUAGAGCGAUAUGCAAAGUGAGGACCUCAGGGGGAAGAACAUCUUUUGCGGUUUUUUUGAUUUUUUUACAGUUGAAAAUUGACUCCUAGUAUUUUUCUUUCAACUUAUAAUGGUAUCAUAGAUAUGUUGAUCAUAAAUAUGCCACAUAUUUUUUUUUAUUUUUGAGUCGUUGACUCUUGACGAUGACGUGACGUUGGAGACAUUAUUCAUAAAAAAGAGGACUGAGAUGAAGGAUUUAAUUUUUUAUUAUAAAUGGCUUUUGUAUUUUCAUAACAUUGAUAAUGAUAUAUGUAAACCUUACGUAUUUUGAUUCCAAAAAAAAUAAAUAAUAUUUCUAACAA